GCGCGAUCGCGGCCGCCGCCUCCCGGCUGCCCAAGAUGAACCCCAGGCUGCGGCACUGGAGGGAAGCGGCUUCGGUUCUGCUGGCGGCGGGCGCGCGAGGGCAGCGGGCGCCGUGUCCGCUGGGGCCCUGUGACUACGAGCUGCUGCUUUUACAGCGCAGCUCCCGCAGCAGCUUCAUGCCCAGCGCUCACGUGUUCCCGGGCGGUCUGGUGGAGGCGGCGGAUUUCUCGGCCGAGUGGCUGCGGCUGCUGCCCGCUACGCCGCGCUGCGGGCUGGGCGCCGUCCGGCCGCCGCCUCCGGGCAGCAGCCGCGCCCCGCUCUUCUCCACCGACCGGCAGCAGCUGGGCUCGCCGCUGCCCGGGGAGGUCGCCUUCCGAAUCUGCGCUAUCCGGGAGACCUUCGAGGAGGCGGGGAUCCUCCUACUGGCUCCGGGGGACCGGCCGCGGGACGGGAGCGGCCCGGUCCGUUCGCUGCCCGCCGAGCAGCUGCUCUCCGCGGCGGAGCUGGGCGAGUGGCGGCGCCGGGUGCAGGAAGACCCCGCGUGUUUCCUGCAGCUCUGCCGGCACCUGGGCUGCGUCCCCGACAUCUGGGCGCUGCACGAGUGGAGCAACUGGCUGACCCCGGUGGGCAGGGCGGGCCGCGGCGGGCGGCGCUACGACACCGCCUUCUACCUGUGCUGUCUGGAGAGCAGGCCGCCGCACACCGUGCAGGACGACCAGGAGAUAGCGGCCUUUAUGUGGUCAUCGCCCCUAGAAGCUAUCGAACGCUUUAAAUCUCAAGAAAUCUGGCUCGCUCCACCUCAGUUCUAUGAAGUAUGUAGACUGUGCAACUUCUCCUCACUGGAUGCCUUACACAAGUUCAGCUCCGAUCGAGCUCUAGAGGGAUGUGAACGUUGGCUGCCUGUGAUGUUAACUGCUGCAGAUGGCUUCAUUCAGCUCUUACCAGGUGACGAGUUAUACCCAGAAGAUCCAGAUUAUACAGGCGAAAAGAAACCAACAAUGUCAACAGAUAAGACAGUUGAAGAUCUCAUGAAAGAGGGUAGUAUAUUACACAGGAUAGUAAUAAAAAAUACCAACAGUGUUGCUGUCUAUGUUAAUAUUCAAGCAAAAUAUAAGCACGUGAAUCCGCUGAUGAUAAACACUGAUAGUUCAAACUACAAUAGCAGAUUAUAACCUGUUUGGUUUGAAGCUAGAAUAUGUUUAAUUACAUAUUCACUGUGUUUCUCAUCCUUUCUAACAGUUUCCGAUUAUUCAGGACAACAGACUUAAAUAUUCCUUGCCAAAGCAUUUAAUGUGAUUGUAGGUUUUCAAUUUGUAUCUAAUUCCUGGAGUCUUUGAAAUUUCAUAGUUGUGCCAGUUAUGAUGUUCAGAAGCUACUGAAAAUUUUAUACGAUCACCAACUGAAUUACCUGGAUAAACUUGAGAGUGAUUUGAUACCAGUUAUACUGAGCAAUGACCAACUUAUUCUACUUACACAUUAGUAGUGGGAUUCCAGCUGCUCUGUUGGGUCACAGAGGUCCUUUUCUUACUGAAAAUUAAGGUGUAUCACAUGUUCAAAACAAGUAUGUUUUGAGUUGAAGAAUUAUUUUACUAUUCUUCUAAACCUGUAACCUGGGUCUAGAAAUGAAUGUAGCUCCUGUUCCAAUUCAAUUGAUAUAUUUCAAAUUUUGGAAAAACAGUGUAUGUGCAUAUAUCCAGAUUUGUUAGCUAACAUUACAUUUUUUAGUGAGGGCGUGGUGAGGCACUGGCACAGCUGCCCAGAGAAACUGUGGAUGCCCCAUCCAUGGAGGUGCUCAAGGCCAGGUUGGAUGGGGCCCUGGGCAGCCUGAGCUGGUGGGGGACAGCCCUACCCAUAACAAGGGGCUGGAACUGGGUGGGCUUUGAAGUCCCUUCCAACCCAAGUAUUUCAAUGAUUCUAUGAAAUAUUUAUUACAAGCAAUAUUUAUAUUUGAUAAAAUGAAAUAAUUUAUGUUAAUGGUAAUUUAUGCAAAACGUCACUAUUUUCAAAGGUAGAGAGAAUUUAGACAUAAACUAUCAUCUAUCAGAUUGAGUGCAAACAUUCUUUUUGUUCAUUUUAACUUUUACCUUCAAGUUACUUGUAAUUUCAAAAAGAAAAAUGAAUUGUUUGGCUCCAAAAAGAUUUCCAAAAGUUCAGGAAAUAACGUACUGCCUUGGAAACAACUAUUUCCACAUUCCAGUAUCCCACAUUGUGCUUCUUAAUGUGUCUUUGAGAUUAAAAGACUUCAGAGGAAGCUCAGCUACUCUUUGAUCUUUUAUCUGGGGGAAGGGAGCAGUAAGUGGAGCAUACGGAGCUGUGAUGUGAUACCUUCUUCAUCUGGAAGGAUGACUUAAGAUUAGACAGUAAAGCUGUUCUGAAAGCUUUGUCUCAACUUUUGUUCUGUAUUUCAAUUAAAAUAAAAUUUUCUGCAGUAUUUUCAUUAUA